GAUGUGAAGCUUAUAACGGUCAUAUUAUCGGUGGAAGUCCGCCAGUAACUGUUCAAGAGGAUCAUAUAAGGAAUGUCAAUGAGUAUUUUGUUCCAUUAAACACUAAAUCAGAUUACGUAUCUACUAUGCUUCAUCAAUGUAAGGAUUUGUAUACUAAGAUUGGUAUGCCUGCAGAAUCUUGUUUAGAGUAUUUAGAAGAUCGUCUAAGAAUAUUAUAUCAUAAGGCUAUUAUGUAUAAAAAUUAUUCUGCUAACUUAUCUACCGCAGUUUCAAUUUCAUCACAAAAUUUAUUUGUUCAACCAUCUAAAAAUGAACAAGUGCCGGUAAAUGUGUUAGAAGCACUAGGGUUACAUCAAUCAGAUCUUCAAUUAGUCUAUGCC